AUGUCAACUACUACAUCAACAGCUUCUUCUCAGUCCACUGUAGAAUUGACGGAUUUAGAUUUACAGCAGCUGGCAGAAAUUAAGAAACAAUUAGAGGAAGAAUUAUCGCAUUUGACGAAUUCUUUUGCACAAUUGAAACAAGCGCAGAGCAAGUUUCAGGAUUGUAUUGUUAGUGUGCACGCUGUGAAAUCUGGGAAUUCGGAGCUAUCAGAUACCGAAAAAGUGAUUGUUGAUGUUGGUACCGGGUAUUACGUGGAAAAGUCCACCGAUGACGCAGUCAAAUUUUUUACAGACAAAGUAGAUUAUAUAAAAAAGAAUUUGGAAUCACUACAACAAACUAUUACUACAAAGCAGAAUAAUUUACGAGUUACUCUUGACGUGAUGCAAGUGAAAAUUUCCCUGGGAUCAGCUGCUGUUG